AUGGAAGAUUCACAAAGAAAAUUAAACGAUGCUAUUUCAACAAUGGCUGGAUCAUUACAUAAAAAUUAUCUACGACGAAUUUAUGGUGAAGCAUUUAAUUGUUCGUAUCGUUGUACAGAAGAUCCAUCACUUGAUCCAUUAAAAUUUAAUGAAUGCGCUGAAAGAUGUUCAUCGAAAAUCAGCCAAGCCGAACAAGGGAUGAGCCAAGAAAUGCAAAAUCUACAAAAUCGUUUAAUGCGAUGUAUUCAAAGCUGUGAAGAUAAAGCAAAAGAUAGUGGCCAUAAAGAUGAAAAUCUUAUGCGAUCUGUUUUUGAACCAUGUGUUGUCAAUUGUGCCAAUGAAAUUCAAGGCGCAUUACCGAAAAUUGAAAAACGUAUUAUUGAGCAAUUAAAAAAAUUCUGA